GGGAAUUUUUGUUACUUUCUCAAAAUAUAUUGUCUGUCAAGGAAAAAUAUUUUGGUGUGGAUUUGUUUUGCUUUUACCACGCUGAUUUCUGUGUUAAAUACUCGAUAAGUACUUCCGGUGACUGAAGAAAUCAUGGUGGACAAGGAUAGUGCAUUGAUUCAGAAGAAAUUGCAGACGGAAUUGGAGCAUUUCAAGGCAGCACAGAAAGAUUUCAACAAAUUGGUCCAGCAACGGCAACUCCUCGAUGGUCAAUUGAAUGAGAAUAAGAAUGUGAUGGAAGAACUGAAUUUGCUGAAGCCUGAGAACAAGGUUUACAAACUCUAUGGGCCAGUUCUGGUGAGACAAGAGCUAGAGGAGUGUCGACAGAAUGUUGGCAAACGCAUAGAGUACAUAAACAAGGAGCUGAAGAGGUGCCAAGACACCCUUGUGACCCUUGAGAAGAAACAGGACAAGCACAGAGAAAAUCUCCAGAAACUCCAGCAGCAGUAUCAAGUGGCCGUGGCCAUGAAAUGAAUCCUCCCCCUAUCUCACUAAUAAAGCUUUUUUUUUGUGGAA